AUGACCAUCGACCAGACUCAUCCCGACCUCCGCAUCGAGCCCGGCACCAUCCAAUCCAACAUUGCCACCCUCAAGUCUAUCGUCAAGGCCCACCUCAGCAGCAUCCCCUACGAGAACCUUAGCCUGCACUACCAGCUCCCCGACGACGGCGCCGGCGGCCGCGAGCAGCCCGUCUGCUCCAUCCGCCUCCCAGCCACCUGCGACAAGAUGGCCACCAGCCUGCGUGGCGGCUACUGCCUGGAGCUCAACGCGCUGCUCGCGCAGGCGCUGCGCGCCGUCGGCUUUGCUGUCGAGACGGCGCAGGCCCGCGUCGUCUUUGACCCCGCCACCCGCGCCGAGCACCAGCAGCAGCAUGACCUUGUCAACAUCUGGCCGACGCACAUUUUGCUCCUAGUCACCACGGCCGGCGGACGGUGUCUCGUCGACGUUGGCUCGGCCAAGUACUCGCUCGCGGAGCCACUGCCGCUGGACCAGCCCUCCGCCGUGGCACGCGGCAUCUUGGGCAAGGCCCUCCGCCUGCGGUCCACGACGGACACCCCAGACAACGGAACGCCCCAGGGCUACUACCUGCAAGUCUCCGUCCCCAGGGAGCGCUGGCGAGACCACCUCCUCUUCCAGGACGAGCCCGCCGGGCGCGCCGCCGAGGACCUCAUCCAUGCCUGGAUGGCCCGGGGCCCCGCGCCCCGUGUCGCCGCCGCCGGUAGUACCGAUGCCGAGGGGGAUGGGUACGUUUUCCUCGAAGGCGAGGGGAGGACGACGACGGUGACGAGGCGGAGGCUGGACGGUCCGACGGGGGUGGCGGGCGCAAUGGCAGUCUACUUCGGCAUUCUGCCGACGUACAUGGAGAGCCCGCGUGUGCGCGUCGAGGCCAGGCCGGAGAAUGCAUGGUAG